UAUCUAAAAACACUGAAGCAGCAAACUUUGUGGAAAUUAAUAUUUGUGUCAUUCUCAAAACUUCUGGCCACGACUGUACAGUCAAGAACGUCUAAGGCCAGGAAGCUAUGGGAAGCCAGUGAGAGUCUGUGUGGACUAGUGAAAACCUACCCAUACCCUUUCUGUGCAAAAUGAUUUUUGACAUUUGAGUUGACUUACCCUUUAAAUCAACCAACAGUGUCAGGUAUUCUAAAAGGGCUUACUCAUGUGUGAUUCGUAUCUAGGAUUGAUCUUGUGCAUUAACUUCUAAGCUCUUAGGCCUACCCCACGUGACUUAGGGUGUUCCACUCUGCCCUAGUAGAUAUCAUAUCGGGAACAUAAUGAAAGGACCCACCCAAAACGGUGGAUGUUGGAAUCAAUGAAAUCAUGAAGUGCCAAACGGAAUGAAGAAGCAUAGGCUUACUGGGCAAUUCAAGACUGAAGGGAAUAAAGUACAUGUUACUCAAUGAAGCUGUUGUGUAUUCAUUGGUGGUUGUAUAAUAACUGUGCCAGCACUUAACAGUGCAUCCAUUCAUAUUUCAGAUCAUGUAUUCUCAUUCCUCACCCAGCUCUCUACAUGCGUAGCAAUUGAGCCUUGGGAAGAGCAUUUACAGAUCAUGUGGAUAUAGCAGAGGAGCUGAUGCUGUUUGUUGCCUUGAUUAUAUGGAUUGGAAUAAAAGGGUGAAGAGUACUGAAAUAUCCUACUUUAGAAGUAAAAUUACUGGUGUAAAACUACUCAAGUAAAAAGCAGCUCAUUUAAAAAGUACUCAGAGUAAAAGUAAUUGAGUUACUUUUAAAAUAUAACAAUUGACCUUGAUAAUUAGCUAAGAUUACCUGAACGUUGUUACACAUGAUCUUUUCCAUGCAUUAAAUUGAAAUAGGAAGAGGGAAUGGAUGUACAGUAGUAACUAAGUACAUUUAUGUUAUGAUUUAUAACAAAGUACUGAAAUAUCCUACUGGAGUAGAAGUACUGUUACUUUAAUUACAUUUUACUAAAGUUUCUGUAAAAUGACUGACUAAAAAACACUCAACCUACAAGUACUCGGAUAAACAAAUGAAUUAGUAUAGAGAGUAGUUGGAAUUAGUUACUUUACACCUCUGCAAAAAAAACAUAAGCUAGCAAAAUAUGUAAUGAUGCCUGAGUCGUUUGUGAUUGGGAAUAUUUAAUUAUUCAGAGUGAUUCACUUGAAUGAAGUAGAACGCCUAAAGAGGAAAUAAACUACUACACUGCCCACAAAUGAUUUUGAUUAGAAUGUAUACCCUCAAUAUGGAGCCGAUUUUCAUGCAGAUUACAAAUACGACAUCUGGUGGAAUACUUCCGUACAGCAACUAGAAAUUAAACCCGGAAACGCUUGGUGUAAUAAAACAAAAACGGCGCAUGCUGCAGCAAGUUAGUCUGCUGAACUUUGAUAGCUUGCAAACGACAUUACCUUACCAAAUUUAGAAACAAUGCUCGGUACUGUAAUAAUGUCUUAUAUUUGCGUUAUAUUUGAUACUUUAUUAGAACGUGUUCAGCGGGUGAAGAUGCUGCUGUGUGACACUGAAAGGGAAGACUGCUUUUGUAACAGUUUAGUUAGGCAAAUGUUGUUGCCUUGCUACGUGAUGGGGACUGUUUUAGUGUGCUCACGUUUCAAGUGCGUUCAUUGCUGAAGACCUUUACAUUCAAGUGUGUUUUGUUGUUCCCUAGGGAGCAACACUGGUAUUGGAAAGGCUACUGCUUUGGAUUUGGCCAAGAGAGGUGCCAGGGUCAUCCCUGCCUGCCGCAGCAAACAGAAGGCAGAGGCUGCUGUCUAUGAUAUCAGAAGGGGAGCCGGGGGAACGAGGUGGUGUUCAUGCAGCUGCAUCUGGGGAGUCUGAAGUCUGUUCAGGGGAACGAGAUGGUGUUCAUGCAGCUGCAUCUGGGGAGUCUGAAGUCUGUUCGCUCCUUUGCUGAAACGUUCCUAAAGACUAAACCCAGAUUGGGCCUGCUCAUCAACAAUGCAGGAAUGCUGGGGCCUGGCCACACUGAGGAUGGGUUUGGCAUGGCGUUCAGGGUCAACCACCUAGGUCACUUCCUGUUGACCUGCUUGCUGCUGGAUCGGCUGAAGCAUGUCAACGUGUCGGCUCACCUACACCGGCUAGGCUCUGUGGACUUUGUCCUCCUGGGUACCCACAAGGAUCUGGUGCCAGGCCGGUCUACCUGGCUUAACUUCAGGGCCUACUGCCACAGCAAGCUGUGCAAUGUGGUCUUCAACCGGGUGCUGGCCAACUGCCUGGAUGGGACAAGCAUCACCACCUACAGUCUCCACCCAGGACGUCGGUGCCAAGGGGCGGGAUGAUGCUUUGGCCAGGAAGCUGUGGGAGGUGAUUGAGAGGCUAUCCGACCUGUCCUGAGAGACUGAUUCUAGCCACGGCAAAGAUUUUGGAAUAUACUGACAAGAUAUUGGACACUCCUCUCUAAUGAUGGGAAUCAAUGUCCGUGAAGGCAAACGCAGGCGGGAGGAGGUGGGAGCAGGCUUCUCACUCUCUCACUCACAUCAUGCCUAGACUAAUGCCUUGUUAUCACCAAUGAUGGCUUUUAAAUGUAUGAUUUUUCCUUGUAUGUUGGAAUUCAUUCCUUUUACAUUGUUAUUAAAUAUUUGCGUUUAUAUUAGUUAUGACCAUUUCUUGAUCUUAGUCAGCAAUAACUUAUACUUGCUGGCACAUUGCUAUUUAUCUUUAUGAAGUCAGUUAAUAGACUGUUAAUAAACAAAUUACUACAAAGUAUGAGGCCAGGUGAGUAAUAUAACGUCCUCCUACACAACUGCUUUAUAUUUAAUUUAUGCAUGGAUGGCAGGAAGGGAGGAGUCAUCGCUCUCACUUCACCUAUUCCUCCAUGGCCAUGGUCCUAGUGGCCUUUAAUGACACAUGAAGAACAAUGCCACGGAAAGGGAUUGAUGACUGAACUUUCCCAGAGUUAUCAGUCCAGCCAUUCAUUACAUUCACUAGGACAGGGUAGCUACACUUAAAUACUCACCAUGAACUUGCAGAAACUGAAGGAACUGCAGUUAUGGUAUGUCAUGACACACCUUGUGUUCAGCACAGGGUAAACAAAAGAUGGGACCCAACCCAAGUAGUGGUCCUAAGGAUAGAUGUUCUUCAGAACUUACUAAUAGUAUAAUAAUCAAACAAGGUUUAUGUAUAGAUCUCUGUUGAAAUGCAUGUGGUAAAAUAUUUACGGGCUAUUUAGUUUUCAAUUUUUCAUUGUGGUCAAUGCGAAGAUAUAUUACACAUUUCAGUUCAGCAUUGAUAAACAUUUAAAAAAGUGUGUGUUCAUACCCCUGUGUGGCUCAUGUUUUCCUUGUACACCAGGGGGCAGUAGCGCAUCACCGGUCAUGCCUUGUUACAUGAGUUUGCCUCGUAAAAGGCAUGAACUGUAAUACACAAUGUUAUUAAAUACUUGCACUUA